CCCUGACGACGCCUAAUGGGUCGCUCGGUGUUGCCAUCGCUCAGAUCCUUGCUCGUUUAGGGCUUCAACAAUUUUUUGGCGAUCUACAGAUGACAUCGUUUUCACUCACAAGCUGAUUAAGGUGUCGAAGCACACACCGUACAGAGUGUCCGCGGUGAUCUGUUCGCUCCAUCGUCGUUGUGUCUUUGAAAGGGUUCCCUCUUCUCUUUCUGUUGUUUUCUUUCCCCCUUCGAGUCCAUCUUUUUGCCCUACAGUACAAGAAUCCUCCACACCAAAAUACUUGUGGGAUUUGCUUUCUCUGUGGUGAAACGUAGUUGGACAAAAUGGCCUCAGCAACCAUGCCCUUCCGCCCUGGGCCGAACAGUGGCAUUCGCACUCCCAUCCGACAGAACUCGGUCGAUGACCGAAACGAGGUGCACAUUCAGCAGAACCAUUACAUUGGCAUUGAUGUUGGUACCGGUAGUGCUCGGGCGUGCAUCAUCAAUGAAAACGGUGACAUUGUCGGCCUGUCCUCUGAGAACAUUGGUCUAUGGCAACCUCAGACGGGGUAUUAUGAACAAUCCACCACCGACAUCUGGCGAUGUAUCUGUACCUCUGUCCACCGCGCCGUCGCUCAGAACAACAUCGACCCUCACUCCAUCCGGGGCAUCGGCUUCGACGCGACGUGCUCGCUCGCGGUAUUCACCCACGACACGGAUGAGCCCGUGUCGGUGACCGGUCCCAGUUUCGACCAGGCGAUGAACGAUCACAAUGUGGUUCUGUGGCUGGACCAUCGACCCGUCGAGGAGACCAAGAAGAUCAACGCAACCAAGCACAACCUCCUACGCUACGUCGGCGGAACCAUGAGUAUCGAGAUGGAAAUCCCCAAGGUCCUCUGGCUCAAGAACAACAUGCCCAAGGAGCUGUUUGACCGGUGCAAGUUCUAUGACCUCACGGACGCACUGGAACAUCUGGCGACCGGCAACGAAAAGAGAAGCUUCUGCUCCGUCGUGUGUAAACAGGGGUACGUGCCAGUUGGGGUGGACGGAAGUGUCAAGGGUUGGCAAGAGGACUUUUUGAAAGAGAUUGGCCUUGAAGACCUUGCGGAAGAUAACUUUAAGAGAAUGGGUGGCGUCAACGGGGUGAAUGGCGAGUACCUCUCCGCCGGCGAACUGGCAGGCUACCUCUGUGAACGUGCGGCCGCCGACUUGGGCUUGCCCGCAGGCAUUGCUGUCGGUUCAGGCGUGAUCGAUGCCUAUGCAGGCUGGAUCGGCACCGUCGGCGCCAAAGUCAACCUUUCCGCCGACGAGCUCGACUCCUCGACCCCUGCCAACGACCAGUCUCAAGCAUUCACCCGUCUCGCCGCGGUCGCCGGUACGUCGACGUGCCAUCUCGUCAUGUCCAAAGAUCCGGUGUUCGUACCGGGCGUAUGGGGACCGUACAGGGACAGCAUCAUCCCGAACUACUGGAUGGCGGAAGGUGGACAAUCUGCCACUGGAGAACUUCUCAAACACGUCUUGGAGACACACCCGGCCUACAACCAAGCCAUUUCGAUGGCGCAAGGUUCGUCGAGCAACGUCUACGACUUUUUGAACCAGCACCUGCUCGACCUCAAGGAGAUGAGGAAUGCGCCCAGCGUGAGCCACCUCGGCAAGCACUUCUUCUUCUACGGCGACCUGUUUGGGAACCGGAGUCCGAUCGCCGACCCCACCAUGGCUGGGUCGGUCGUGGGCUUGAGCAGCGACAAGAGCCUGGACGGGCUCGCGCUGUACUAUUACGGCACGAUGGAGUUCAUCGCCCUGCAGACGUGGCAGAUCAUCACGGCCAUGAACGAGGCCGGGCACAAGAUCAGCAGCAUCUUCAUGAGUGGAAGUCAGUGCCAGAACGAGAUCCUGAUGGAGUUGAUCGCCACGGCGUGCGACAUGCCGGUGUUGAUCCCGAGGUACGUCCACGCCGCCGUGUGUCACGGUGCGGCCAUGUUGGGAGCGAAGGCCGCCAGCGCGGACCCCUACGGCCGCACCGAGGAUCUCUGGAGCAUCAUGGACCGAAUGAGUAAGCCUGGUAAGGUGGUCAGGCCCAGCAAGGACAAGAGCAUCAAGAAGUUGUUGGACGUCAAAUACAAGGUGUUUUUGGAGCAGUGUGAGAGACAGAGAGAUUUCCGAAAGAUGGUUGACGAUGUGGUCGAUGCCUCUUGAGGAUAUUUAUGCAUACUCAAUGCAGGGAGGUAAAAUUUGCAAUGGUGCCUUGAAAAUGACCGUGAAUCUAGAGAAAACUUAUGAAUAAGGAUAUACAAAACAUAGAAAUAAUACAUCUCAACAAC